UUCCUGUCUCCACCAGCUUCUUGCUAAACGACUCUUUAAAAUCAUUUACCUCUCAAAUUCUCUCUUCCGGCACCCCCAUGACGAGCAACGACGGAUCAGUGCCUAACGGCGUCAUAGUGGAGCAUCCGUCAGUAGUUAAUAAAGGAGCUCUUAACGCCGUGAAGAAGCCACCGGCUAAGGAUCGACACACCAAAGUAGACGGGAGAGGGAGACGGAUUCGUAUGCCGAUCAUAUGCGCAGCUCGUGUUUUCCAGCUGACCAGAGAACUAGGUCACAAAUCAGACGGCCAGACCAUAGAGUGGCUCCUACGCCAAGCUGAACCUUCUAUAAUAGCCGCCACAGGAACAGGCACAACUCCGGCGAGUUUCUCCACCGCUUCUCUCUCCACUUCUUCCUCGUUUACACUCGGGAAACGAGGCGUGAGAGCGGGGGAGGGAGAAGCUGGCGCCGGAGGAGGAGGGUUAACCGUUGGACCCACAAUGGGGGCUUCUUUGAUGAGUGGUGGUGGGUUUUGGGCGGUUCCGGCGAGGCCGGACUUCGGACAAGUAUGGAGUUUUGCCGCCGGAGCUCCACCGGAGAUGUUGUUUACACAGCAGCAGCAAGCAGCUACUCUAUUCGUCCGACAACAGCAGCAACAACAAGCUUCAGCUGCAGCUGCAAUGGGUGAGGCUUCAGCAGCUAGAGUCGGGAACUAUCUUCCUGGUCAUCAUCUUAACUUGCUUGCUUCUUUGUCGGGUGGGAAUACCGGGUCGGGUCGGAGGGAAGAGGAUAACCCACGUUAAAAAAAAGGUCUUGUAUUUUGUGUUCUUUGGAUUAGGGAUACUUGAGUAUGUAUAGAAAACUUAUCUGUGUUUUAUGUAUUCUAAAAUGGUUUAACGAGUACUUAAUUUGUGUGUU